GGGUAUGAAUUCCUCUGCCUCCAUCAUCUUCCUCAUCUUGUCUUUGCUUGCAAAUAUUUCACAACCAACAAGAGCAUGCUUCUCUUCAAUCAUAAGCCUCGGCGGUUCACCGAGUGACACCGGCAAUGAGCUCAUUAAUCUUGAAAGAGAAAUCAGCUACAAGCUUUAUGUGGGGUUUUUACCAAAUGGUGAGACCUUCUUCGGUUAUCCCACUGGUCGCUUUUGCGACGGUCGUAUCGUCAUCGACUUUAUUGCUGAGGAAUUUGGACUGCCAUAUCCACCACCACAUUUGGCCGGUGCUGGACCAGAAAACCAGUAUUUCAAGUAUGGAAUGAAUGUGGCAAUUGCAGGAUCAACACUGGCAGAAACAUCCUUUUUUGAGGAAAGAGGAACGGCUACACCAUUUAGUUAUGCUUUAAGUGCUGAGGUUCAAUGGUUCAAAGAUUUACUCCCUACUUACUGUUCCUCAACUUCAGAUUGUGGUGAGAAGUUGGCUAAUGCUCUGUUCAUUGUUGGUCCAUUUGGAAGGAAUGACUUCCGCACUGAGUAUCUACAUAACACAAGUGAUGAUGAAAUCAAAACUGUUGUAGUUCCUGUUAUGGCUGAGCGUUUUAUUUCUGGACUCAAGGAAUUGGUUGAUAUUGGAGCAAGGACAAUGAUAGUGGCAAAUAGUUAUCCAAUUGGAUGUCUUCCUGCUUCUUUUGUUGAAUCCCCAAGAAAUGAUUUUGAUGAGAAAACAGGAUGCAUGAAUUGGUUAAAUGACAUGACUAGUCUUUUCCACCAGCAACUUGAGGCUAAACUACAAGUUUUCCAAUCUGAGAAUCCCAAUGUUACCAUCUUGUAUGCUGAUUUAUACGGAAUGACCAUUGAUAUGAUUCUCUCACCGAAAAAAUACGGUGUUGAAGGGAAUCCUUUUGUGACAUGUUGUGGAGGUGGAGGACCUUAUAACUACAACUUAGCUGCACGUUGUGGAGACGAAGGGGCAAAGAAGGCUUGUGAUGACCCUACGAAGGCUUUGUUUUGGGAUGGGGUUCAUCUCACUGAAGCUCGUUAUAAAUUCAUAGCUACUGAAUUGGUUAAACAGUUGCUUGCAUUGCCUUCAAUUAAAGAACAGUGCAAAGACAUCAAAAGGAUGAAGGAUGAACCUUUCUUCAUGUGAUGCACUGGUUAUUCUACUUCUUUUUGCUGUUUCUAGUUUUGUUGCCAUUGUUCUAUCUUCAUCUACUUUUUGUACCACUAUUUUGCUCUCUCAAAUAAAUGAAUAAAUUGUUCCUGUAUCUUGUGGCAA